GCCGCGCCGCACAAAGAGGAAGGAGGAGACCGGCGGCGGAGCGCGCGCGGUGCCUGUCGGGAAGCGUCUCCCUCUCUUUUUCCGCCAUAUUGGACACCGAGGCUGCGAUCCAAGGCUGGAGGGGAAACUGUUGACGCAGUUUACGUUCGAGAUCCCGCAUUGUUGACGAAAAUACAGGGUCCUUGUCAAGCACCAGCAGUACAUCGGACGUAAGUGAGAAUAACUCAAAAUGAUCAACGGAAGGCUAUUUUUCGCCGCCGUUCUACUAAACGCGGCGACGAGGAGCUUCACCUUCAAUCCGGCGUCAUAUGACCGCGGUCUCGAAGGCCUCACAGAUGGCUUCCUCAAGCAGGUAAUGUCCAGGAUCCAGGGCUCCGGCUUGGACCUAUCGGACAGCUCGCUCGAGUUUGCCUCCGACCAGCGUGCCAAGCAUGAGGAGCCACCACUUUCCGCGGACGUGUACCAGCGUGACCCGAGCUUUGGCGCGCACCACCUGGGCAGGUACAGGAAAGAAAAUGGCGGUCAAGCGCCCCAGGUUGACAUUCUCGGAGGACCUAGCAUCCGCGACCAGGAGUACUUGCAGCACAGCUCGCUCUGGGGGCACCAGUACGUCACCGGCGGUGCUGGUGAGGGAUUCCAGCGCCUGAAGCCUGAUGGCAUCGCAAAGAAUGUCCAGGUGGUCAAGACUGACGCUGUGCUUCCCGCCUACUGCAAUCCGCCCAACCCCUGCCCCAAGGGAUAUACCGCCGAGGACGGCUGCCUGGAAAAAUUCGAGAACACGGCUGCUUUCAGCCGAGACUACCAGGCGGCGCAGGACUGCAUGUGUGACACGGAGCACAUGUUCGACUGUCCCGGCGCCACACAGGAGAACGAGAUCGACGCACUGGCUCGCUCCAUCCAGAACGAGGGGCUCAUGGAAUCCACGCUGGACCGCAUCGUGCAGCACAUUGACCCCAAUGUACCUGUCGAAGGACAGCACAAGACUGUCAUGGCUAAGAAAUUCUUCAAAAAAGAGAACCACGCGAACUAUGCAAAGCGCUUCUCGAGAAAAUCCAAGAAGUCUGUCAAGCAGCCAAAGACUACACCUGCAAAGAACCCGUACCUUCAGGGCGAGAAGCUACCAGUGGUCGCCAAGAAAGCACCUCUGGCGCCACGCAAAUGAGAGGAGGAGGAGUAUGAUUAUGUCAUCUAAAUCAGUGGCACAAUUACAAUGUCUCGUUCAUGUUGUGAUACGUUACGUGAUUAUGUAGAGCAAGUGUCACUCUCUCUUUCCCUUUGAGACGUCACGGCAUUGCUAUUGUUGACCAAUGCUCCAUGGAAUGUUUCGACCAAUAAAAUAAUUUAUGUUGUUAAA